AUGAGUUCCCUUACAUUUGUCUUCGCCCUCGGCGCCUGGGUAACCCCAAAAGUCUUUGGCCCCCUCCGAGCCCGUCUGGAUGCCCUCGGUGUUUCGUCGGAAUGUCCCCCGCACCCCUCAAUUGGCGCUGAACCUCCCUCUAAGACUUUGGCGGAUGAUGUCGCUUCCCUACGUGAUGUUUUGACUACGCUCGUGGAUGAGGGAAAAGAUGUUGUCGUUGUGGCGCACUCCUAUGGUGGCGUUGUGGCCUCUGCUGCUGUCGAGGGACUGGAUAAGAUAGCUCGUGGAGCUGCAAAUAAACCUGGCGGGGUUUCGAAGGUUGUUUUCUUGUCUGCAUUCGCCCUAGACAAGGGACAGAGCUUGUUGGGUAUGUUGGGAGGGAACUUUUUGCCUUGGAUGAGGGUCGAGGGCGACUACGUCUAUGCCGAUGCUGCCGGCGCUGUCGGCUGGCAAGAUCUCCCUCCUGGAGAACAAGAACAAUGGAAUGCUGCUAUGGUACACACCUCGCGCUCUGUCUUCUCUGGAGAAGCUACCUAUGAGCCCUGGCACGAAAUACCCUGUGCCUAUAUCAUCUGCGAGCAGGAUCAUGCUCUGCCGCCGCCAUUCCAGGAGCAGUUUGCUUCUAAGGUCGGUGGGCCGGAGGACACCUAUCGAUUGCCGAGCUCGCACUCGCCGUUUUUGAGCAUGCCGGAUAAAGUUGCCGCUCUUUUGCAGGACAUUGUGAGUGCAUAA